AUCUAGUAAAAAAAACAUCUCGAUCCCUCUUUAUAUAGAGGUUAAUUUCUCUCGAAAAGUUUCCAGAUAUCGGACACUAAUUUUGUUUUCCAUAGCAUAUCCAUAAAGAAUGGAACCACAAAGAUUCUCUACUAUUCUCGUAUCGGAGUUGUUGGAAGAGGAUGAUGAGAGUGUGACCCUUAUGCCUGGUGAUAUUUUCAAAUUCAGCGUUCAUGUUUACUAUCGCCCUAUCAAUCCAGGUACUCGGAUCCGAGGAAGCUUAGUUCACCGCUCUCCUUCUCGAUGCAUACCCUGCCACAAUUUCUUCCAAGAGGGGAGAGAAUUCUUUAGGAGAAUGUUGUGGCGCGUACCCCUCUAUGUGGAAUCUCCUGAGGAUAUAAUAGAAAACCUCAUGUCUACCAUCGGAGAACGGUUCUUGCAUGUUGAUGCCGCUGCUUCUCCUUCUCCUCCUCCUCCUUCUUCAGAAUCUCCACACCGAGAGAUUCCUUUCGAAUUGACCAUUCUCAUAUUAGAUACUUUUAAUCUCGAACUGCAUGCAGCUUUGGUGGAAGAGUCUAUGCUGAGUUUCAAAAUGAUCCCAGCAUCUAACGAAGCCAUCGAAACGUUGUUGAAGAAAUCUACGGUUAUGACACGGAGCGAGAGUCCUUGUUCUAUCUGCUUGGAAGAUUUGGAAAUCAAUGAUGAGUGCGGCACAAUGCCAUGCAAGCAUGUGUUUCAUUCACAGUGUAUUGUGACCUGGCUGCAAACAAGUCAUAUGUGUGCCUUGUGUCGCUACCCUUUGCCGUUUAAAAAAGAUUGUGAUUGAAUGAUAGGAAUUCGACUCUUGAGUACAUUUUGUUGUUCUCAUGUAGUCAUGUGAU